CCAUAAUGGUGUGGAAUUUCUCUGUCGAAUGUUGUGCGUCAAAUGUGUCGAUUAUGUUCUGCACCUUCGAAAUUUGCGGGUUUCUAAUGCUGUUACUUCUGUGGUUACACGAUACACGACUUAGUUUGCACAGUUUACGCUGACGACGCCACAUUUGCGCGUUAUUGCGAAUUAUAGUCGUUGCAGUGUUACGGAAGACCUCCUCGGGUUCUGUUCGGAAGUUUAAAAAACGCAUUUCGUCGUGUUUUGUUCGCGUUUAUGAAGGCAGCGCGAUCUGCCGGGACCGCCGGAGAUCACGGGUUAUUACGUCGUCCGUGACGUUACUGUAAUAUGGCGAUCUGUUGUCUGUGCCGCCGACGUAGGGACAGCUGAACGGAAGACGAGCGCAAACAAAAGAACCCUCAAGUUUCCCAUGCGAAGGUUCUUCAGCGGAUGGUGCGCAGUAAUGAAUUUACAAACGAAGACAAAGCCAGAACGGAAUGGUGUCGUCACUUCAGACGAUCUUAUCAACAAACGACUACCGAAGGAACUACUGCUCAAGGUUUUUUCUUUCCUCGAUGUCGUAUCCCUUUGUCGCUGCGCCCAGGUAUCGAAGGCAUGGAACAUUCUCGCGUUGGACGGCAGUAACUGGCAAGAAAUCGACCUAUUCGAGUUCCAGCGUGACAUUGAGGGACCAGUGGUGCAGAACAUUUCUCAACGAUGCGGCGGAUUUCUUCGAAAGCUCAGUCUGCGCGGUUGCCAAAGCGUUGGCGACCAUGCCAUGCAUUCGUUCGCGCUCAACUGUCGUAACAUCGAAGUGCUGAACCUGAGUGGGUGCCGUCGCAUCACGGACGCCACAUGCCAAAGCAUCAGCAGACACUGUCCGCGUCUCGCGUACUUGGAUCUCAGUUCGUGCAGUCAGCUGACUGAUCGUUCGCUCCGUGUGCUGGCCGAGGGUUGCCCCCAGCUCGAACGGCUCGAUAUUUCGUGGUGCACGCAAGUCUAUCCGGCAGGAGUGCAAGUCAUCGCUCGCUCGUGCCGUCGUCUGCGAGCAUUCUUUUCCAAAGGUUGCCCGGGCGUCAACGACUUCGCCGUCGAAGCGCUCGCAGCGAACUGUCCCUUGUUGGAAGUCGUCAACUUACAGGAGUGUGGCAGUGUGACAGAUCGUGGAGUGAUGUCACUAGCCAGUAACUGUCACAGCUUGACUUAUCUGUGUAUUUCAAAUUGCAGCCAGGUGACUGACAACACUUUACAGUCCCUCGCGCAGCACUGUAAAGAUCUACGUACGUUAGAGGUAGCAGGGUGCUCGAGGCUGACGGACGUGGGGUUUCAGGCUCUGUCGCGUGGUUGCAACAAGCUAGAGCGCAUGGACCUCGAGGAGUGCAACCUCAUCACCGACAGCACGCUGAAUCACCUCGCAUGCUACUGCACCAAGUUAGAGAGGCUCAGCUUGUCCCACUGCGAACUGAUUACGGACGAAGGAAUCCGGCAUCUCUCCGUCGGACCGAACGCGUUGGAGCACCUCACCAUUCUCGAACUGGACAAUUGCCCCAUCAUAUCCGAAGCCUCGUUGGAACAUUUGGCUAAGUGUCCUUCACUUAGGAGGGUGGAUCUGUACGACUGUCAACUCAUCACGCAGGAGGCAGUCGGGAAAUUCAACAUGCGCAAGCCCGGGUUGAAGAUUCACACGUAUUUCCCACCGGCCACGCCACCCGCAGUCCAAGCGCCACCACCAGGGGGAGCACCACGUGUCUGCCGUUGCUGCAUUAUACUCUGACACGGAUUCGCUAAUAAUGCCUCCUUCGGGGUUACUGGCAGCUUUAAGUUCAGCAGUACAUGUCUUCUACAUUCACCCUGUUUAGGACACGGCGUAAUCCUUUGUGUGGUGCUCCAAGAUUAGGCUCUUGACAUUGGUCCAACAAAGUACAGCACAUAAUGAACUUGCUAUAGAUAAGACCAAGCUAAUUGUGGAGCUUUGUAGGAAGAUAAUUGCUAUUUCGGCGGAAGCGAGGACGUAUCGUUUUGACAGUAACGUAUCUGCUAUCAAUCAGACUGGUAUACAGGGGGUUUGGGUGCUGUCUGAAUACGCCUUUAUCCCUUUCUUAAACGUACUGAUAUUCCGCCGUUAAUUGGUUGCAUAAAUGAAUGAAAGGUUUCCACCGCAGUCAACCUCAAAUUUUGCCUGUAUUGACCUUGUCCUAUUUAACGUGUUGCGAUGACAUAUUUACAUCCACGAUAUCUCACUGCUGUGAAGAUAUUGGCCAGUUCAUACGCGUUUUAUUCGACGAUUUCAUGUCACAGUUUUCUUGAAUGUAGCACAGACUGUAUUUUUGAGUAGCCUUAUAAUGUUAAUGUUCCACUAUGGAUGACUAACAUUAUACACGUGUGUAUUGUCUGUUUGGACUGUGCGUAAUAAUAGGUCUCACUGCUUUUAUUCUGAGGGUGGGAGUUGUGGGUGUCGCAAUAUGAGAAGUGCCUUGAUCUGUUUCGUGGUGGACCAGGAAUUUGACGUCUGCAGGCAGACAUGGUUCUUGCAGUUCCUCAUGAUAGUUCAACAAUUUCUGGAUGGUCUGUGGAUACGUUAUUUUUGUUGACCUGUCACCAAAGUUACAGUCCCAUGCAUGUUGUGUUGACGUUGCUCAGUGCUAAGCCUUGGGGAUUUUAUUUAGCGUAUAUGUGCGUUUAGGAAUCACUGUGAAAUUGCGGUGAUCAAUUACACGAAUGAUGUGCGGCAUACUGUUCGUUUAUUAUAAAUGUUCUCUUGUGUGUGACAUAACUAUUCUGUUCCGUAAGACUGCUAUGCUCCAUCUCGCAUAUGCUACUAAAAAAAAAAAGAAAACACUGUACCUUGAUAAGUGCCUCAAGCAGUCAAGCAAUUGGAUGUGGAAUGAGGAGCAUUGAUUGAAAGUAUAGGACUCUGCGUUAAGAGUUUGGAAAGGCUACACUGUGUGUGUGUCUGUGUCUGAAAUACCACGACUUUGAGAUUUCUUAUCCCAAGACAUGUCAUCUGUUUGCUCUGGAGGUCCAGAGUAAACAUGACCCCCCCUCGUGAGUCAACCAGUUUGUAAUGUUUGACCUUUUUCGUGACCAUAGAAAUGUCUGACCACUCAGUGCUUUGUGACAUGAUAAAGGGGGACCUUUGGAUAUGCUACAGAUUACUUGCACUCAAUAUGGCAUGGUUUGCCCCUUUUCAAAGGUGCUUGUUUCACAGAGCUGGUUGUUAAGCACCACAAGCCCUUGCACACGUACAAAAUAUCCUUUUAUGAAACACGAGUACAUUUCUAAUAGUCCAGACAGUGUGCAGCAUGGUUGUGCAGCUUAUCCUGCCUUGUAGUAGGCCACAGUAGGCACUUCUUAGCUUGCAGCCAGACUCACAUGUACUGUUAAAGAACAUAGGGUACAAGGAAAUUUUUGUCACUGCACAGAUUUGGGAUACCACUUUAAGAUGCGUUGUUAUAAGUCACAUUUUAACGAUCUUUUAUUGUUCUCAUUAAGUACACAAUACCUGCGCUACACGCAGUAAAAGGAAAGACCAGAGCAAUGAAGUCUUUGUACGACGCGAUUUAUUUAUGUGCUACACAAAUGUAGAUGUGCGAGUGACUAGUGCAUAUAUACAUGUUUGUGAGCUGAACGCAUACACACUUGUGAGUUGUACGUCCACACCGUCUCUUCUCUCUCAUGUUACUCACGUGCUUGACCUCUUCACAUGCACACAUAUCGAAUGUUCAAAACGAUGAAAAGGACUCCCGGAGUGAAAGAAGAAUGCUUGUGCCUUCUCGAACGACCAAUCACGCUUCCCCUCCUUGCAGAUUUCAAUGCCACGGAACGCCUUCUUGGAUCUUGGGUUAUUUUAUUACAUCCGGGCAACGGCAUUUCAGCACUGCGGUGCGCACACAAGCGGAAAGCAAAGGUUAACAAAGAUACAUGCACGCGCGACUGGUAAAAGUAGAAGUGACUAUCAACAGCUGUUCAUGUGAGGGAAUUCGUAGAAGUGUUUUGGCCUUGUGUCACUCAUCAUUUAAAAGGCCAAGUGCCAGACCUCUCUUUGCAUUAGACACCAUUCCCACGGGACAUUCACACGUUGUGCCUUGCGUAAUCCUCUGUGUUUGUGCCUAGGAUGUGGUCAACCGUGCCUGAUGCUCAACUGAUGCUGGGCCACGUCUUGGCUGUGACUGCAUUUUUUUUAAUUGUGCGUUAUUUUUGUGUGGGGUGUGCACGUAUCAAGCUUUUACUUUGAUUGGUCACUGCUGAUUAUUAUUGGUACUAUUUUCUGAAUGCGAGGCAACGUUGUUAAGCUGCAGGAAUAAUAAACGCUUUCGUUCGCAAGAA